AUGAUCGGCGCUAAUACGUAUCCUCUUAUGGAACUUCGACUAUCACUGCCUGUUGUCAGGAAAGGUGUAGCAUGCUGCUCAAUUAUCGUCAAUGCCCUCUUCGCAGGCGGGAUAUUCAUAUUCCCCAUCAUCUCACCGGCUCUGGUGUCUCAUUUGAAAUUGACGCAGCCUCAACUGACUACAAUCGUCCUGGCCGGUAUGGUUGGACAAUAUCCCUUCUCGGUCCUCGUUGGCUACAUGAUUGAUUAUUAUGGGCCGGCCGCCUGCUCUCUCGUCGCCUCGGUUAUGUUCUCAGCUGCUUUCUCGUGUUUCUCCCAUGAAAUAUCAAUGGCGCCUGACGACGUCAACGUCUUUUCAUCCGCCACAUUCUACAAACUCACGCUCUAUUUCUUCGUCGCCGGCUUGGGCACGGUGUUCUCGUACUUCUCGUUGCUCUUCUCAGCGGCCCAGUGUUUUCCUAAUCACCCAGGGAUUGCAUCUGGGCUGAGCACGGCCGUUUUCGGCCUAUCCCCCCUAUUUUUGUCGCUCCUUGCAUCCAAUCUCUUCACCACUGCAUCCGGAUUGCAGGUUAUUCCGUUUCUGCGAUUUCUGGCUAUUUGCACUGGGGUCGUGCACCUCUGCGGUUUUGUUACCCUGAGAAUUCCCAAGCCAACGCCCGUACCACUAGCUCAACCGAGUGAACACACGCCACUACUUCAAUCGGCCCCAGGUGAACCAGGGACUCAGCAGCAGCCUCGCGACGACAGUCUCCUGGGCCUCCUUUCUGAUCGAUUCUUCUGGAUACUAUUCCUCGCUUGUGUCCUAACACUCGGUUACUGUGAAAUGAUCAUCUCUAACAUUGGCACCAUCGUUCUUUCGGUUUCGAAAUCGACGGUCCACAGUCAAGAAUCAAUGGAAGCGAUAGCUUCACAACAAGUUCGCUUGAUCUCCUUCUCGAAUACGGCAUCGAGAAUCGUGGUAGGGCCCCUGGCUGAUUUCAUUUCGCCAGUUGCUUCUCACUUGCCUUCGGGUCUUCGCGCCCUUCCGAGUCACCAUUUCAUUAGCAGGGUCGCAUUCAUAUCGGUGCCCACUGCGUUGCUUGUCAUCAGCAGUCUGGUCAUGAUCUUCACCAUUGAUGAACCACAGAAAAUAUGGAUACUUAGCGCCGGCAUCGGGAUGUCGUAUGGUACCAUCUUCACAUUGUUACCGAGCAUCCUAUCCGCAAUAUGGGGCGUACCCUCACUAGGUCGCAACUUCGGGGCCCUCACAUACGCUCCCUUCAUCGGCACACCCAUUUUCUCUUACUUAUACGCCUUCGUGUCAGCAAAGCAAAGCGUAGGCGGCGGGCUAUGCAUCGGCACUUCGUGCUGGAUUCCAACAUUCUGGACUAGCUUCGUGUCUCUUUCAGUCGCUCUACUUGCGACAUUGUAUUUAUGGAAAGCUUGGAAAGGACAUCUAUGA